AUGUCCUUCACCAAGACAUAUUUCCUGUGUCCGACAUGCGAUUUCAUUUUUCCACCACCAACGGGCCCGCUAUGCCUUGGGUCUAUAAUCCGCUCCACGUCAGCACCGCAAUACCCUCUGAACAGAGCGAGUGUUGUUGCCGUGGCCAAUGCAUUCCCGCCUAUCGUGGAGACGGACUGGAAGAAGACUGUCUCGGCUGAAAAGGGGCUCGGACUAGGUGUCUACGCACAAUUCUUGCAGCUGGCCACCGGUGGACUGCCCCUUGGUCCCGAGGUCGAGGUCGAGCACUCGAACAAGAUGAAGAAUACCUUUGCCUUCGACACGAUGACGACUCUGUCUUUCGAGCCUACCCAAGAAUAUGUCGAGCAAGCUGUCAAGGCACCAGCCGUGCAGGCAUGGCUGCGGGAGCCCAGGCAAAAGUUUGCGCUCGUCAACACGCUCUUCCUCGUCACGGGCAUGAAGCUCGUCAAGGGCGCCAAGAUCAAGUACUCGACUUCGCAGAGCACGACGGUCAAGGGGAAUCUCGGCAUCGACGUGACCGCGCUGGGCACGACCUUUGGCCCGAAGGGGCACUGGACCCGCGCCGACGAGGACGCGGUCGAGUCCACUCGCGAGGCGGAAUUUGUGUUUGCGUUCCGCGUCAAGAGGCUCAAGUUUGGGCGGAGAAUGAAGCUGGAAGAGUACAGUAAAGGCGCCUUUAUGGCCGUUGGUGGCAAGGCAGAUGAGGACGAGUGUGUCUUGGUUGAGGACGUGGAUGGAGCUGGUAUUGAGACGGCUGAGGCUGUUCCCGAUGAGACCGAGAAUGGAAACGUCUAUUGCGUUCCUGCUUGA